AUACUACUUCCUAUCUGAAAUAACGUAGCUUGAUAGCUUUAAAGUGUGUCAUGAUAAUUCGUUAUUAGAAGAUGAAUUGUCUAUGCUAGUGUACUUAUAAUGAAUAUUGUGUGAUAUAUUAUUGAUUAUAAAUUCAAGAAAUUCGUGUAGACUGACCAGAGUCCACGAAUUUCUGACAUACUUUUUAUAAGUAUGUUUUCUCGAUGUUCAAUAUAGUAAUUUGCGUAUAGUUCUGUAAUGAUAGAGAAGGAAAAGAGAAAAAAAGAAAAGGAAAGGAAAGGAAGAGUAAAAAAAAAAAAAGUGCAUUUUGUUUAGAGCCUAUUAGUGAACUCAUUAGAAGUUCUUUCUAACAGGCUCAUGUAUUAGACAUUGUGAUAGUGAGAGAUGAUUAGUGAGAAUUAUUUUGAGAAUUGUAUUUGGUGUGCAUCCCUCUAGUGGCGAAUAUAGGAGGAUCACCACACAUUAAUACGCGACCGCACCCGUCUCUAUGUGUGGUGAUUCAUAGAUAUAAUAUUUAUCGAAUUUUACGCCAAAACUAAAUGCAAAAUGACAGAGGUUCACAAUUUAGGUGUUGAUGCCAUUAGUUGUCAUGCUUGGAAUAAAGAUAGAAAAGAGGUGGCAAUCUGUCCAAAUAAUAAUGAAAUUCAAGUUUACAAACGAACGUCGAGCGGUUGGAAAUUGUUACAAAACUUGCAAGAACAUGAUAUGCAUGUCAUGGGUAUUGAUUGGGCACCAAAUACCAAUCGAAUAGUAACAUGUUCUGCGGAUAAAAAUGCAUAUGUUUGGACACAAGAAGGAGAUGGAAAAUGGAAUCCAGCAUGGGUUCUUUUAAGAAUAAAUCGAGCAGCAACUUGUGUAAAAUGGUCUCCAUUAGAAAAUAAAUUUGCUGUUGGAUCUGGAGGUAGAGUAAUAGCUGUUUGUUAUUUUGUAUCUGAAAAUAAUUGGUGGCAGUGCAAGCAUAUAAAACGCCCAUUGAGAUCCACCGUAACUACAGUUGAUUGGCAUCCAGACAAUAAAGUUCUAGUUGCUGGGUCCACUGAUUAUAAAGUUCGUAUAUUUAGUGCAUUCAUUAGUGAUAUGGAAGAUGCACCUGGUAAUGGUCCUUGGGGUCAUAGCAAUACUUUAGGAACAUUACUCGCUGAAUUCCAAAAUACUCCUAAUGGAGGAGGUUGGAUACACUCUGUUGCAUUUAGUCCUUGUGGUAAUAAAAUUUGUUGGGUAGCACACAAUUCAUCGAUUUGCAUUGCAGAUGCUACUAAAGGAAAUGCAGUUAUACGAUUGUAUACAGAGCAUUUACCAUUUUUAAGUUGUGUAUGGAUGGGGUCCAAUUCCAUUGUUGCUGUGGGACAUAGUUGUAUGCCUAUGUUAUAUUCCAUAGACGACCAUGGUCAACUAUAUUUUGUAUCAAAACUAGAUAAUACACAAAAAAAAGAAGCUGCCGGUUUGUCUGCCAUGCGUAAAUUUCAAUCGUUAGAUCGCCAAGCGAGAACUGAUACGAAUGACAAUGCCUUGGAUAGUAUUCAUCAAAAUACAAUUAAUUGUGUACGCAAAGUAUCAGAUAACGAAUUUAGCACGAGUGGUUUAGACGGUCAAUUGGUAGUUUGGGAUCUUAAGCUUCUGGAAAAUUCCAUUGCUGGUCUCAAGAUAUCAUAGAUAAAAAUCUUUUUUUUAUAUCGAAGGAAGACGGAAUCAAAGGAAGAUAUUACAUCCGAAGAAAAGAUGUAUAAAUGUUAAAUCUGAAA